GCGCGCAGGCGCUGCUCCCGGCGUGCUCCGCGCCCGGUCUGCGCGGACAUGGCGGCGGCCGCGGGGACGACACGGCUGCUCUUGCUCGUGCUGUGGGCGGCGGCGCCCAGCCGGGCCCGGGGCAGCGGUUGCCGGGCCGGGAACGCCGCGCGCGGGGUUGCUGCAGAAGGCCGCGAGGCCGAGGGCUGCGGCACGGUGGGCCUGCUGCUGGAGCACUCGUUUGAGAUUGAUGACAGUCCACACUUCCGGAAGCGUGGCUCCCUGCUCUGGAACCAGCAGGAUGGCACAUUGUCCCUGACCCAGCGGCAGCUCAGUGAGGAGGAGCGUGGCCGGCUGCGGGAUGUGGCUGCUGACAACGGCCUGUACCGGGUGCGAGUCCCACGGAGGCCCGGGGCCACCGACGGCCUCCAUGCUGGUGGUUACGUCUCCUCCUUCGUCCCAGCGUGCUCCCUGGUGGAGUCGCAUCUCUCGGACCAGCUGACCUUGCACGUGGACGUGGUGGGCAACGUGGUGGGUGUGUCGGUGGUGACGCAGCCCGGGGGCUGUCGCGGCCACGAGGUGGAGGACGUGGACCUGGAACUGUUCAACACCACGGUGCACCUGCGGCCGCCAGCCACAGCCCCGGGCCCCGAGACGGCCGCUUUCAUUGAGCGCCUGGAGAUGGAGCAGGCGCAGAAGGCCCGGAACCCGCAGGAGCAGAAGUCCUUCCUGGCCCGAUAUUGGAUGUACAUCAUCCCCGUGGUCCUGUUCCUGGUGAUGUCCGGAGCGCCUGACGCCGGGGCCCAGGGCGGAGGGGCAGCGGGGGGCGCGGGCAGCGGGCGCUGAUAAGGGCUUGGGCGCCCCUGGCUGCUGCUCCCUGGGCCUGGCGAUGGGGGCCCUCCCUGCCGCCCGCCUCACCCUGCAGGGGCCACGCCUG